AUGAAAAGAUUGAAAUCAAAUCGUCACUUACACAAAGUAAAGAAACCAAUACUAAAACAAAUUACGGAACGCGAAAAGAGAUCGUCACGAUUCACUGAAAACAGGUUUAAAGGAGAGAGAGGACAGGUGCAGAAACAAUUUGGAAAAGAAAAACGGAAAGAAAAUAGUGAAUAG